AUGACUGAUUUCGAUAUCAGAAACUUGGAUCAGGUGGCCCCUGUGUACAACACCCACAGAGGUGUACUGAAGCGGCAACUGGCAUUUGAUAUCAAUUUGUCAACAUCGAUUUACACUGGUUUGUUCUCAGCGUAUGAUGCUUAUGAGGAAGAACAGGCAGUACCCACCGGUCUGGACUCUCUUCCACAUGACUCCAGCAGCUGUGAAUUACCCCUCCUGACACCCUGCAGCAAGGCGGUCAUGAGUCAAGCUCUGAAGGCCACUUUUAACGGGUUUACAAAGGAGCAGAGACGGCUUGGCAUCCCCAGCAAUCCAUGGCUGUGGCAUGAGAGUCAAGUGUGCCAGUGGCUCAUUUGGGCCGCCAAUGAGUUUUCCUUGGAGACCGUUAACUUCCAGAAGAUCAUCAUGACUGGUCAGGAGUUGUGCAGUCUAGGAAAAGAACAUUUCCUGGAGCUGGCCCCAGACUUUGUGGGUGACAUUCUCUGGGAGCAUCUGGAACAGAUGAUGAAAGAACAAGAGCGAGUACAGGACCAGUAUAUUGAGAGCUCCAAUCAAACCCAGUGGGUGAACACUGACUCCUUAAAUUUCGGCAUGGACCCCUUGCAUUGUGGCUCUCAAGUACACAGCUACCCUAAAACUGAAAUGUACAGUGACCUAUGCCCAGUACCCCAAGUGCCAAACCUCCUUCCGGUCAAGCAAGAGUUUCAGAGUUACUCGUGCAUGAAAUCCAUGAGCAGUAAUUACUCCUCUGUGAACAGAGACUACAAUAGAAACUUUAACAUCCUGCUGAGUUCCCUGAGCUCUGGUAAAUCUGUCAAUUUGGAUUCUGUAGACAGUGGUACGGAGAGUUUCGAAAGCACAGACUCCCUGUUACAGUCAUGGACCAGCCAGUCUUCACUGGUGGAUAUGCAACGUGUUCCGUCCUAUGAAAGCUUUGAAGAAGACCCUAGCCAAUCGCUGUGCUUGAGCAAGCCUUCCAUGUCAUUCAAAGAUUACAUACAAGACAGGAAUGACCCAGUAGAGCAGGGCAAACCAGUUAUCCCAGCAGCCAUCCUUGCCGGGUUCACAGGGAGUGGACCUAUCCAGCUCUGGCAGUUCUUGCUAGAACUGUUGACCGACAAAUCUUGCCAACCCUUUAUCAGUUGGACCGGGGAUGGCUGGGAGUUCAAACUCACUGACCCAGACGAGGUGGCACGGCGAUGGGGAAAAAGGAAAAACAAGCCUAAAAUGAAUUAUGAAAAGCUAAGCCGUGGGCUACGUUAUUACUAUGAUAAAAACAUUAUCCACAAGACCUCCGGAAAACGAUACGUCUACAGAUUUGUCUGCGAUCUCCAGAACCUGCUGGGUUACUCUGCGGAAGAGCUACACGCGAUGCUGGGCGUUCAACCAGACACAGACGAAUGA